AUGUCAGAGAAUCAGCUUUUCGUUGCGGAAGAGGACGAGGAUGUAGUAAUGAAGGACUCUUUCACAGAGAAGAGCCUUGAAGAUGAUCCAGUGGUACAGGAAAUACCGUUGAAUCUUUCAUCAGCACCAUUUCCGCUGCAUCUUCUACAGUAUCCAAAUAAGCCAAAGAAAGCCGGGAGAGAACCUAAUACACCCCAUGUUAGCCAAGCUCGCUACAAGAUGCAAUCUUCUCUAUGGGAGCUGGAUAUUCCUUUGAAUACAGAAGUAUUCUAUGACAAAAACCGUGCUGAGGACGAGUGGGCAUCCAUUGCGCACCAGACACUGAAAGGAGUUGGUGUAAAAAACGAAGGGCAGUAUGCUGGAUUGAUUUCAGAUAAUGAAGUAUACUUAUUACCAGUGGACAUGGUGGCUCAGAUGAGGCCUUACUUCAACUACAUAGAUAGCAUCUCCCAAAUGAGGAGGGAAGACGACGUAAGAUCCGCCAAUCAAAGUAACACUACUGCAAAGAAGGCUCAGGUGGUGACAAUGUCCGUAAAAAGCAGUAGCGAGGCCAAUCAACCAAGAUUAGGAGGCUCUUUACUGGCACAUAAGGUAGCCGACGAAGAAGAUGAGCUAAACUUGGAAUGGAUUACCAACACCUUCCCGCAGUUCAAGGAAAGCGUCACGUCCGCAGAAGCAAGGGAAUAUUUGAAGCCCAAAGGAGACGAAAAUGACUAUUUAUCAAAGCUUAUGUAG